CGCCCAGUUCCCGGCGCGGGGACCCCCGAGGCCGGCCUUAGGCUGGGGCCGAGGAUCCGCGGGACUGCGAGCCAGCGUUGGUGACAGGCGGUCCUGAAGCCGUGGCCCCGCCCCCGGAGCGCUGGGAGCCCCAGUGACCGCGUAGAAAUGAACACAGAGGCAGAACAACAGCUUCUCCAUCAUGCCAGAAAUGGCAACACUGAAGAAGUGAGACAGAUACUAGAAACCGUGGAGAAGAAUGAUGUAAUUGCUGACAUUAAUUGCAAAGGAAGAAGUAAGUCUAAUUUUGGUUGGACACCUCUUCAUCUGGCAUGCUAUUUUGGGCAUAGACAAGUGGUCCAGGAUCUAUUGAAGGCUGGUGCAGAAGUCAAUGUGUUAAAUGACAUGGGAGAUACACCGCUUCACCGAGCUGCCUUCACAGGACGAAAGGAGCUGGUGAUGCUUCUCUUGGAAUAUAAUGCUGAUACUGCGGUUGUUAAUGGGAGUGGACAGACAGCAAAAGAAGUCACUCAUGACAAAGAAAUCAGAAACAUGCUUGAAGCAGUUGAAAGGACUCAGCAAAGAAAGCUUGAAGAAUUACUCUUAGCAGCAGCAAGAGAAGGCAAAACGGCAGAACUCACUGCACUGCUCAACAGGCCCAAUCCUCCUGAUGUUAACUGUUCAGAUCAAUUAGGAAAUACACCCUUGCAUUGUGCAGCUUACCGAGCCCAUAAGCAGUGUGCCUUAAAGCUUCUAAAAAGCGGAGCAGAUCCUAGUCGGAAGAACAAAAAUGAUCAGAAACCUCUUGACCUUGCCCAGGGAGCUGAAAUGAAACACAUACUUACGGGUAAUAAGGUCAUCUACAAAGCAUUGAAACGUUAUGAAGGCCCUCUCUGGAAGAGCUCAAGAUUCUUUGGCUGGAGAUUAUUCUGGGUAGUGUUAGAACAUGGAGUCCUCUCAUGGUACAGGAAACAGCCUGAUGCAGUGCAUCAUAUUUAUCGCCAGGGAUGCAAACACCUGACUCAAGCAGUAUGCACGGUAAAAUCCAGUGAUAGCUGCCUCUUCUUUAUUAAAUGCUUUGAUGACACUAUUCAUGGCUUCAGGGUUCCUAAGAAUAGCCUUCAACAGUCAAGAGAGGACUGGCUAGAAGCAAUAGAAGAACACUCUGCUUACAGCACUCACUACUGUUCCCAAGACCAGUUGACUGAUGAUGAAGAGGAAGAUACAGUUUCUGCUGUAGACUUGAAGGAAUCUUUAGAAAAAGCACAAUCAUGUCAACAGAGACUAGAUAGGGAAAUUUCCAGCUUUCUAAAAAUGAUUAAGGAGUGUGACAUGGCUAAAGAAAUGCUUCCAUCAUUUCUUCAGAAAGUUGAAGUUGUCUCUGAAGCAUCCAGAGAAACUUGUGUAGCUUUGAGUGAUUGCCUUAAUCUCUUCACUAAACAAGAAGGGGUGAGGAAUUUUAAGUUGGAACAAGAGCAAGAGAAAAACAAAAUUUUGUCAGAAGCACUGGAGGCUCUGGCCACUGAGCAUCAUGAAUUAGAGCAGUCCCUGGUUAAAGGAUCGCCACCUCUCAGCAUCCUUAGUGAGGACGAGUUCUAUGAUGCUCUGUCAGAUUCCGAGUCCGAACGGUCCCUAAGCCGAUUGGAAGCAGUGACGGCGCACUCGUUUGAAGAGGAAGAACGUUUGAGCGGUCAAAGAGCCAGAAUGUCUGAAGGAAAAGAUUGUGGUGGUGGAGAUUCUCUCUCCAAUGGCAUCAAGAAACACAGAACAAGCUUGCCCUCCCCUAUGUUCUCCAGAAAUGACUUCAGUAUCUGGAGCAUCCUCAGAAAAUGUAUUGGAAUGGAACUAUCCAAGAUCACGAUGCCAGUUAUAUUUAAUGAGCCUUUGAGCUUCCUACAGCGACUAACUGAAUAUAUGGAGCACACAUACCUCAUCCACAAGGCCAGUUCCUUCUCGGAUCCUGUGGAAAGGAUGCAGUGUGUAGCUGCAUUUGCCGUGUCGGCUGUUGCUUCUCAGUGGGAACGUACUGGAAAGCCUUUCAAUCCACUCCUGGGAGAGACUUAUGAAUUAGUUCGAGAUGACCUGGGGUUCAGACUCAUCUCUGAACAGGUCAGCCAUCACCCACCAAUUAGUGCAUUUCAUGCUGAAGGAUUAAACAACGAUUUCAUCUUUCAUGGCUCGAUCUAUCCCAAACUCAAGUUCUGGGGGAAGAGCGUAGAAGCAGAACCCAAAGGAAUCAUCACCUUGGAACUCCUUGAACACAAUGAAGCAUAUACAUGGACAAAUCCCACCUGCUGUGUGCAUAAUAUCAUUGUGGGCAAACUCUGGAUUGAGCAGUAUGGCAAUGUGGAAAUCACAAACCACAAGACUGGGGACAAAUGUGUAUUGAAUUUUAAGCCAUGUGGCCUUUUUGGUAAGGAAUUACACAAAGUUGAAGGCUACAUUCAAGAUAAAAGCAAAAAGAAACUGUGUGCCCUUUAUGGGAAGUGGACUGAAUGUUUAUAUAGUGUUGACCUGGCCACUUUUGAUGCUUACAGAAAAAAUGAUAAGAAAAAUACUGAGGAGAAGAAGAACAGCAAACAGAUGAGCACUUCUGAGGAGUCAGAUGAAAUGCCAGUGCCAGAUUCUGAGAGUGUAUUUGUUAUCCCUGGAAGUGUUCUCCUGUGGCGAAUAGCCCCCAGGCCUCCAAAUUCUGCCCAGAUGUAUAAUUUUACUAGUUUUGCAAUGGUUUUGAAUGAAGUGGACAAGGAAAUGGAGAGUGUGAUUCCUAAAACAGACUGCAGAUUACGGCCUGAUAUAAGAGCUAUGGAAAAUGGAGAAAUAGAUCAAGCUAGUGAAGAAAAAAAGCGACUAGAGGAAAAACAAAGAGCAGCCCGCAAAAACAGGUCCAAGUCAGAAGAGGACUGGAAGACGAGGUGGUUCCAUCAAGGUCCUAAUCCCUACAACGGUGCACAGGACUGGCUUUACUCGGGCAGCUACUGGGACAGAAACUACUUCAAUUUGCCUGACAUUUAUUAAAAUGCAGACAAGUCAGGACAGUUGGCUAAUUUACAAAUAAGUCUUAAACCUAUGUUUAAAAAAAUUGUUUUUUCUUGAUUUCUACACAUCCUUUACAAAAAAAGCCCACUCAUAACUUGAAUUUCACCCAACAAAAGUAGGGCAUAAGGUGGUCUUGGUGAUGAAAGUCUUAGGAAGAACAGAUAAUUUUGCUAUUCAAACAUAUUUAAUUUGGAAAACUAUUUUAUAUAGAGGUAAGAGAAACUGCUGGGGAAUACGCUUUUUAUGAUUGCCAUAUUUACUGAAGGUUGAUACAUAAACAUAGUAUUAGCUUUAUGAAUUCUACAGUAAUCCCAAAUCAGGUUAUUUUGAAUAUUUUUAUGCUGUCAUGCUUGAAUGUUUUAAAUGUAACUUUGAGAUGUUUAGAAUUCUCCUAUACAAUAUUUAUUGCUCAAAUGUAGAGGUUAUAUCAUUUUGUAAAAACUCCAUUGAUAAGAUGGCUUUUCUUCAUACUAAUCCCCUCAAUUUUACCCAUCCUCACCUCCAGAAACAAAAGCCUGAAUCAAUAGGUAUUCUUGAUUUGAAAAUUCUAAAAGAAUUAAACUGGGAAAGGUA